AUGAUUUUGUCAACAUCUAUACUUUUAGUUUUAUUAGGUUCUAUCUUAGCAUCUUAAACAAUGUUAAAUUAAUUUUAAGAGUGGAAAACUUAGUUUAACAAAAAUUAUUAAUCCAAAUACGAAGAAAUCUAUAGAUUUUAAAUUUAUAUUGCUAAUUCGGAAAUUAUUCAAAAACAUAAUUCUGACAAUAACUAUUCUUAUACCUUAGGAGAAAAUUAGUUUAUGGAUCUCACGAAUGAAGAAUUCUUAGAAAUAUAUGCCUCCAAAGAAGUGCAUGAAGAACUUCCUAAUUCAAACAAAAAUUCUGAUAGAAUACUUACAAAUAGAACUGGUAAAAAAGUGGUUCUUUAUGAUUGGAGUGAUUAUUGCAUGUCACCAAAAGAUUAAGGCAGUUGUGGAGCAGGAUGGGCUUUUGCAACAGCUGAGAUCAUGGAAUGCUAUUUUAUUAUCGAAUCUGCAUAAGCAUACUUUAAAAAAUUUUCACAGUAAUAAUUGAUAGAUUGUGUGGAUGGGAAUUAUGGUUGUGAAUAUAGAUCGAUGAAUGAUAUUAUUAAUGCAUUUGAGUAUGCUAAUCAAGCUCAUAUUUCUGAGUUAGAUUACUACCCUUAAACUGGAAAAUAAGAUGUAUGCAAAGGAAUAAGAGGAUAACACACUUAUGCUCUGACUUAAUUUGAAACUAUUUAACGUGAUAUGUUUACAUUGAUUGAUUCACUUAGCAAUGGACCAGUCGUAGCAGGUUUUGAUAUCAGUGGAUGGCAAUUUUACAAGGAUGGAAUAUAUGAUUGCUUUUUAGAUAAGAAACCUAAUCAUCAUGCUAUAAUUAUUAAGGUUUUAGCUCUUCAUGAUGAAUAAGACAAAGAUUACAUAGAAAUAUAAAAUUCUUGGGGGUAAAAUUGGGGCAGGAAAGGUCUAAUUAAGUAUAGUCUUAAGUAUAAUUGUAAUGUCUUUGAUAGACCAAUUUAUAAAUCAUUUAAAAUAUAAGUACAUUGA